AUGCGCGCCGUGUGCGCCGUGUGGGCAUCUGACAACGCGCAACAGACGCGGCUCGUGCGCGUGCUCGACGCCCUCUACGCAAGCGUUACGGCUUUCGAGGAGAUUGUGAAGACGAUGCUCUUAUUUCUGAAAGCGGCGCCUGGACAAUCCCAGUACGAGGGCUUGGGUCACUUAGAUAGCGGCCACUCUAAGCCCUUGAACAUUGUGAUUAUCGGGGCGGGCAUUGGCGGACUCACGGCCGCCAUUAGACUGCGGCGAAGCGGCCAUAACGUCCAGAUCGCUGUGGCGCACCACCGUAACCCGAAACUGAUCCUCCGAAAGAUGCGCCUUGUCCAGUCAUGGGAGACCGGCUUCUUCUGCGAGUUCGACUCCGCGAUCAAUCACGAGGCUUAG